GGUUAGAUUAGUUUAAUAAGAACAGGCAGGAUCCGCUCAAUAAAACAGGUAGCACACACAACAGGGGGAAACGGUGGAGACAGAACGAUCAGGAGGCGUCCAAGAGCAUUCCUGGUGGACUCUUCCUUUAGAGAGAGCUUCUGGGUUGAUCCCAAGCCCCUCCCUCCCAACAAGAUGAUCAAUGAUGAAUAUCUGAUCGAGUGCAAAUUAGACCCAGAAGACCCUCAAUUGCGGGAGCAAGGAUCUACUAUGGUCCCACAGUCUGCUGUCAACAUACCACCCAAAGUGGACCCCCGGGACCCACGUGGGAUCAACCAGCACCUCAAGUUGGAAUUCUCUGACAUCCUCGCUGAACCUUCCUCGUUCCGCAGUUUUGACCGGGUAUGGACGUGGAGUGACAUAAUCUUUGAGAGCUCACGCCUCUGGUGCUACCGUAUCAUCUCGGUGCUUUGUGCUGUGCCCGUCUCCUUGCUCUCGGGCUUUCUCUUUGCCUGCCUAGGUUGCCUGCAUAUCUGGUGUGUGAUGCCCUGUAUCCAGCUGUGCACAAUGGCCAUGCCGCCAGUGCGCACCCUGUGGGCCAGCAUCCUGGAUGUUGCAGUAGCCCCGCUUUUCAUCAGCCUGGGACGCUGCUGCAGUGCCAUCUACCUCACCAUCACCAGUCGGGAGUGA